AUGCUUUUUGGCGGUGUGGUUAGGGUUCCCCCACCUCCUGCCUACAACGGUAAUCCAUUUACAUAUGCUUCGCACCGCGGAGUUGAUAUAAAAAGUGGGGACAGCCAUUUUCUGCAAUUUGCGACUUUCCUCACUAUGAGUGGAAUUGAAAUUGCUGCUGCGGCCGUGCUAGGCUCACAAUUGUUGGACGCAAAGUACCACGUCAAGGAAGAUUUGCUUCUUACCCAACAUAUCAUCAGACAUGCGGUGCCAUACCUCAUUGGAUGUGCCCGAGGUAAAGCAUCUUUUUGGUACUACUUUGAAGAAACCGCCAAAAAGUACCCGAAAAACAGAGCGGUUUCCUUCCCUAGACCACGUAAGGACGCUCCACCAGUGACCCAGGAUGCUCAGGGAUUCAAUAUUUACGAUGACCAGUUUGUUCUCGAAACUUACACCUACAAGGAACUCUACGAUAUGGUGUUGCGGUUGUCCUAUAUUUUGAAGAAUGACUACGGGGUGACUUCGGAUCAAACCAUCUCGGUGGAUUGUAUGAACAAGCCGCUUUUCAUCAUUCUUUGGAUGGCGUUGUGGAACAUUGGUGCGAUUCCUGCUUUUUUGAACUUUAACACAAAAGACAAGGCGUUGGUGCAUUGUAUCAAGAUUGUUGGCGCCACCAUGGUGUUCAUCGACCCGGACUGCGCCGACCCCAUUAGAGAGACCGAGGAAAAAAUCAACCAAGAAUUGCCCAAUGUCAAGUUGCAUUAUCUCAACGAACCCGAGCUUCUUCGUGUGCUCAGCGACAAGUCUAGACCCAAGUAUAGAGCUCCCGACAACACCAGAAGACCAGAGGACAAGGACCACUCGUGCUGUGCUUUGAUCUAUACCUCGGGUACCACAGGCUUGCCCAAGAGUGCCAUUAUGUCAUGGAGAAAGGCAUUCAUGGCAUCGGCGUUUUUCGGUUACAUUAUGAAAAUUACGAAAAAUUCCACCGUUUUAACCGCAAUGCCGUUGUACCACUCCACGGCAGCCAUGUUGGGUGUGUGUCCCACGUUGUUGCUUGGUGGUUGCGUUUCGGUUUCGCAAAAGUUCUCGGCGUCCACCUUCUGGACUCAGGCCAAAUUGUCCGGAGCCACCCAUAUUCAGUACGUUGGUGAAGUGUGCCGCUACUUGUUGCACGCCAAAUACCAUCCUGAUCAGCUUGCGCACAAUGUUACAAUUGCUUAUGGAAAUGGGUUGCGCAGAGACAUCUGGCUCGAGUUCAAGCAGCGGUUCCACAUUGAAGGAAUUGGCGAGUUCUACGCAUCCACCGAGUCUCCCAUCGCUACUACCAAUCUCCAGUAUGGUACUUUCGGAGUGGGGGCUUGCCGGAAGUACGGAGGGUUGAUCAAUUUGAUUCUUUCGAUGCAGCAAAGAUUGGUCAAGAUGGACCCAGAUGACGAAAACGAAAUAUGGAGGGACCCCAAAACUGGCUAUGCUGUGCAGGCUGCGUACGACCAGCCGGGCGAGUUGUUGAUGAAGAUCUUGAAUGCCAAGAAACCAGAGGAGUCGUUCCAAGGGUACUACGGGAACAACAAGGCUACUUCUUCAAAACUUGUUCGUAGCGUUUUCAAAAAAGACGAUGCCUGGUUCAGAACAGGCGAUUUGCUCAAGAUGGACCAGGACGGCUUGUUGUACUUUGUUGAUAGAUUGGGAGACACUUUCCGGUGGAAAUCAGAAAAUGUGUCUGCUACAGAAGUUGAAAAUGAGUUGAUGGGUUCCAAGGCCAUGAAACAGUCGGUGGUUGUUGGUGUGCGAGUGCCCAACCAUGAGGGUAGAGCUGGGUUUGCCGUUAUAGAUCUUGUGGACGAGUUGAAUGAUCCAAGUAAGCACCCUCAAGCAUUGGCGCAGAUCUACAAUCAUAUUAGCAAAUCGCUUCCCAGAUAUGCUGUUCCCCAGUUUAUCAAGUUGGGGUCUGAGAUUCAAGCUUCACAUAACCACAAGGUGCCCAAGAACCAAUUUAAGAACCAAAAACUUCCCAAGGGAGAAAGCGGCACCGAUGUGAUCUACUGGUUGAAUGGUGACAAGUACGAGGAGUUGACAGAGGAAGCAUGGGGCCUCAUCAUGAGCGGGAAAUCGAAAUUGUAG